AUGGCUGAAGGAGAAUCGAAAAACAUACCCGAAGUUAUAUCACGGACAGCCCAACACUGUGCCCAAUGUACAGCGCACGGGCAAAUUUCACUACUCAAAGGACACAAGAAAAUAUGCCCUUUUAAAGAUUGUACAUGCGUGCAUUGUCUCUUGGUCAACAAAAAGAGGCAGAUUAUGGCAAAACAAGUAAAACUGAAACGCUUACAGGAAAAGAAUCACGGCUUGAAGAAAGGGCGACGGCAACGAGUUGGAAAAAACCGCUCGACUUCAAAAGCCAAAGAAACUGAAGCUACGGAGACGCAGUCAGUUUCUCCAGAAAAUAAAAUUGGUAAGCUUUUUGAAGUAUUUUAUUGUUUGUAAAUUCUUUUUCAGCUAUUCUUGGCAGGAUUUUACUUUAUGCUUUUAUGUAAAACUGUCAUAUUAACAGUAUUUAAAAAGUAUAUUUAUAAACACUUUUAUAUGAUUUGAGACACGCAAAAACAGCAACAAUAAAUUCAAUAUUGCCACUUUUCCUUGCAUCUCACUAUUUCAGCAAUCCAUUUAGCCUCAAAAGUGCUUGAAAAUAUACGUUUACUGUCGUUUAAUGGAUUGUUUUAAUAUUAAAAUGCAGUUUUUAAAAAUUUUAGAAGAUUAUCAACAUGUGGCAAUGCAAUUCCAUUUUUUGCGACUCUGCGCAAAUCUCGGCGCAAAUAAUGCUUAUCCGGCAGAAUUUUUUUAUAACAGCAAGUUUUAUAAGCGUGCUUUGGCGAGUUCCCACCAGAAAUCGGCAAAAAAGACAAUAACAGUUUUUAUUAACAAAUUGUGUUCAUUUUUUGCCAAACUUCCUAUCUUGACCUUCAGAAAUUUAAAUACAUUGAAGCAACUGAAAAGAGACUAAGAGAGCAAUUUAUAAAUAGGACCAAUCUAAAUCCAGUAUAAAGUUUCAACCCAUUGACACAGAAUACUUAGAGGCCCACCAAGGGGUUAUGACCGACAGGUGACCACCAUCUCCGCAGAAUACUCAGAGCAACAAUCAUAUAUUAAUUUCCCUUAUUUCCAUCAAGUGUACCCAGACAACAGUGAAGUUUCUCAAGAGUUAAAUGACAUGCAGCAGUACCAAGAGGAGGCCUGGAGAGCAGUCUGUGGUUCAGAACUGCUAGACAACCAACUACAGUGCUCGACUGCCAACCAAUGGUGCCCUGUCAGUCCGCUACGAUUCUCACACGUCAACCCCUUACAACUGCCAACCACCCCGAGUUUCCUCCAUCCGCGGUCGCCAUCUAUCUCCAUGGCAACAAACUUCUUCCCAUCUACUGUUCCCGAUAAGGAUAUCCUCUCACUAAACCACAUUCAGACACAGCCUGUCUAUUACACCCCACCUGGGUUUGCCGUCAGCCUUGCACAAGACGCUCGGCUUCCACCAUUUUCUGGUGAUAGUUUCCUACCACUAGAAGUUGUGCCUAUGCUCAGCAAUGGCCACCCAAUGGAUGCUGCACAAACAUUGCUUACGUUGCGUUAG